GUUGGAAACACAAUAAUGGCGAAUCAUAUCAGCCCUGUUGAAAGCAAACCAUCAUCUAUUCUUUCACUUGAUGAAAAUGAUCAAUUAUUUAAACUCAUUGGCUUGCGCUGCAAAAGUAUGGCGUCAGCUGUGGUUCAGGUCUGUUUUGCUGAUCCACCCAAUAGAUCCCAAUGGAACAAGCGGCAUUGUGGUGUAGUCUGCUUCAUCAAAGAUAAUAUCAAGAGAUCCUAUUUCCUUAGAGUAUUUUGCCUCGACAGGCAAUCUGCCAUCUGGGAGCAAGAAUUGUACAGUUCUUUUGACUACUGUGCACCAAGACCUUACUUUCACACUUUUGAGGGAGAUGAAUGUCGCAUCGGGUUUAAUUUUGCUAAUGAAGGCGAGGCAGAAUACUUUCUGAUGGCUAUCAAAGAAUAUUUGAGGAUGAAAUCGGAGAAACGAGAACGCCGUCGUUUAUCACAGCAGCAAGUGCAGCAACCGCAACCAGGAAAACACACGCCAGUCGCCACGAACGGAUCGGUACCGAAAUCUACAGCAGUACGAUCAGCGACAAUUACAAACAGAAUAACAGUGACAAAAAAAGGGAAGAAAGACAAGAACAAGAAAAUUACCAAAGCGGAUAUUGGAGGGCCAUCAGAUUUCAAACACAUCAGUCACGUCGGAUGGGACCCUAAUCAAGGAUUUGCACUUGACAACGUCGAUCCAAAUCUGUUGAAGUUCUUCGCCAGAGCCGGCAUAUCGGAGAAUCACUUGAAAGACAAAGCAACACGUGAAUUCAUCUACGAUUUUAUCGACAAACAUGGAGGAAAAGAAGCGGCUAUUCGUGAGAUUUCGAGUUUACAGUCAUCCGGCGGCAGUUUGUUUUCAGCACCUCCGGUGCCAGCAAGGAAUCCUCCGUCUACACCUCAGACGGCAAGGAUCGCUCCUCCGGCACCACCCGUUUCAGCUCCACCGCCGCCACCUUCAAGAGUGAUUGCCUCCCCUCCAUCUGUUGCUCCUCCAGCACCUCCUCAACGUGCCCCACCACCGAAAAUGGCACCAAUUAACAACGUUGCACCCCCACCACCUCCUGUCGGUGCACCUCCUCCUCCUCCACCACCUCCGCCGCCUCCUUCAUUUGGUGGACCUCCUGCUCCUCCUGUUCCUUCAUUUGUUGUUUCGUCUCCGUCACUCCCACCCACUCCAGCUCAACCCGAUGUCCGUGGCGCCCUGAUGGACGCCAUUAAAGAGGGACACAAACUCAAAUCGGUGCCGAGUGAUGCCGAUCAAUCGAUGAAGAGUGGCGCCAAAGUGCCAGCCUUCGAUUCACGCAACGAUUUGUUGGGUCAAAUAAGAGCAGGAAAGGAACUGAAACCCGUGGAGAAAAAGGCUUCUGUUGUUGCCGUCAGCGACGAUGUCAUGGAAGGUAUGGCCGGUGCCUUGGCCAGGGCCUUGGAGGAAAGAUGUCGUGUCAUCCAUUCCGACAGUGAUGAAAGCGGCCAGGACCCAGAUGAAGAUGACGAUUGGGACGAUUAAUUACAAUAUAAUAAUUCAUUAAAACAUAACCUCCACCUGGGUCCUAUGUUGUCGAAAUGUGAGAAUAAAUACGGUGGUAAUUUGUAUGUAACAAAA